AUGCCAGCUAUGUCCAGCACGACUGGCUCUGAGUCUAGCUUUCUUUGGGCUCGAGAAAUGGUUGACAAGUGCGAACGUGAACAUCACCAUUGCCGCAACCACUUCAUUCGAUCUACUAGUCAGCGAUACCUUCCCAAGCGACUCAUCGAUGUGCAAUCCAGGAGACAAGGUGCCAUACAACUGGCACUGAGUAAAAGCCUUGAAUCAGACCGUAUCGUUGAGUAUGCUGCACUUAGUCACUGCUGGGGAACGACGGUCAAGUCUGAGCUUAGGAAGGACAAUGAAGAAACGAUGAAAACGAUUCUAAUAGAGACCCUGGAUCCGAACUUUCGAGACGCCGUUGACAUAACGUACAGAAUGGGGAUCAAAUAUCUCUGGAUCGACUCGCUCUGCAUCAUGCAACGUACCGAAGAAUGGGAGGAGGAGUCUGGCGAUAUGGGCCUUGUUUACGCAAGGGCCAAGGUUGUGAUAUCCGCGACGGCAUCCAAGAACUCAGAUGGUGGUUGUUAUCAACCCAAAGAUCUUUAUCCCUACGACUGCGUUCUAUGCGCUAACUGGACAUCUGUACUCGUUGUCCGCUCGCCGAUAAAGUAUCCCGACCUGGUUCAACUUUUUAAGGAAAGGGUAGAUCGUUCGUUCCUAGCCACAAGAGGUUGGACCUUUCAAGAAAGGUUCCUCGCUAGCAGGAUUCUGCACUUUUGCUCAGGCCUUUUGAUGUUUGAGUGUAACACAUUGACUACCUCUGAGUGUCAUCGUGAAGAAGAGUAUCCCCUGGUUACCCACUUUAGCCAAGAUGGGACUCUGAACGUACCGAAAGUCCCUGAUCCAGGCCGCGCACCACCCAAGCAGCUCUCUAGUAGUACAAGCGUACAACAUGCCGGGUCUUCUACAAGACCUUUCAACCGCCCAGCUAAUAACGCAGUUAGGGAAAGCUGGUACGCCAACCCUAAGCAUGAACUAUGGGCCGAGUAG